AUGAAUUCCAUGUGGGCUUUCAUAACCAGUUGGUUCACACCCGGUUCUCUCUUCCUCCUCCUCAACCUCAUCAUCGCCACCAUCGUUCUCAGCUCCCGUUUCGGCUCUCAGAGAAGACCGGAACAGCAGCAAUUAGAUCGAGUCCCGUACUUUCUCGGCCGACUCAAGUCCAUCAACUUCUCCCUCCACAAGUUCGACCAACCCAACGCAGACCCAGUGACCGAUCACUUUGAUCUCCAACCCCCGGGUCCCGAGCAUGUCAACACCCCCUGCCCCGUUCCGGAUCCUCCUCCGCCCCAAAUCGCCCGGUCUCCUUCCAUGUUGGAACGCCUCAAGUCCAUCAACAUGUCCUCUCUCUACCGAUCCGACUCAUCCGCAAGGGAAAGCGAAGUUCGUCACCCUACGGAUCUGAACUCGAACGCUGACCAUUUGGUGAAGCGGAGCAAGUCGGACAAGGGUCUCGGAGCUCCGGAAAGGCCGUUGGAGAAGAUAAAGAAGUCUGCGAGUGAGAAAUCGCCGGUGGGGAGCUCCGAGGAGAAGGAGACGACGUCGUUGGAGGAGGACGAAGAGGUGGACAUGAAGGCCGAUGAUUUUAUCAGUAGGUUUAAGCAGCAGCUGCGGUUGCAGCGGCUCGACUCUCUUCUUCGUUACAGGGACUUGCUUAAGAGGAAUUAA